AUGAGGGAGGCAUAUGGAAACCAGAGCAGGGAGGUCCAACAUGUGCUGAAGCGUUGGGUUUACGGGAAGGGCGGUCGGAGCCCCCCCAGAGCACACCGCCUGCUACAAGCCACCGGGACCACCGCCCGGGACCCGCUGUGGGAGGAGGGUCCAGAGCUGGUGGGCGAGGUUUUCAGAGAAACGCUCAGCGAGGAGGAGGAGGAAGACUUUCGACUGGAAGUGGCCCUACCCCCCGAGAAGACCGACGGGUUGGCCAGUGGAGAUGAGAAGAGGAUGGAGAAGCUGAGCGAGUCCUGCCCGGGCUCCAAGAAGCAGCUGAAACUGGAAGAGCUGCACUGUGACGUGUCCGUGGAGGAGGACAGCCGGCAGGAGUGGACCUUCACCCUGUAUGACUUUGACAACAACGGGAAGGUCACCCGCGAGGACAUCACCAGCCUGCUGCACACCAUCUACGAGGUGGUGGACUCCUCCGUCAACCACUCCCCGACGUCCAGCAAGACGCUGCGGGUGAAGCUCACCGUGGCCCCCGACGGGAGCCAGGGCAAGAAGAGCAUCCUUCUCAACCACCCGGACCUGCAGAGCACCAGGCCCAGAGCGGAGGCCAAGCCGGCGGAGGAGCUGCGGAGCUGGGACAAGAAGCAGCGAGCCCCCCUCAGGUUCCAGGGGGACAGCCGUCUGGAGCAGCCGGGCUGCUACCACCAUUGCGUGGAUGAGAACAUUGAGAGGAGAAACCACUAUUUAGAUCUCGCUGGGAUAGAGAACUACACGUCCCAGUUCGGGCCUGGCUCCCCGUCCUCGGCCCAGAAGUCAGAACUGCCCCCCCGCACCUCCAACCCCACGCGGUCUCGCUCCCACGAGCCCGAAGCCGUCCACGCCCCCCACCGAAAGCCCCCAGGCGCAGACCCUGGCUCCUCCCACGGCCUUGACACCCCGUUCGCCAAGGUCCCGGAGGCCCAGCAGCGGCUCCGGGGCGCCCAGGACGGGAGCAAGCACUUUGUGAGGUCCCCCAAGGCCCAGGGCAAGAACGCGGGCGUGGGCCACGCGGCCAGAGGGGCAAGAAGCAAACCCCCUCUGGGACCCGCCGUCCCCGCGGUGUCCCCGUCCGCCCACCUGGCCGCCAGCCCGGGCCUCCUCCCCACCCUGGCACCCCUCGGGCACAGGAAGCACAGGCACCGAGCCAGGGAGGGCCAGCAGGGGUGCCGGGCCCUGCAGGCUCCGCUGGCGGGCGGCUCUGGGCCGGGCCGGGACCACCUGCGGGAGCUGCCCGCGCCGGCCUCCGUGGCGCACGACGGCCAGGGCCAGGCCGGCCAGGCGGUCCAGAGACACGAGCACCACCACCACCACGAGCACCACCACCAUUACCACCACUUCUACCAGACAUAGGCCCCGGCUGCCGCCACGCCAAGGACCCCCCCCCCCCCAGGCCUUCUUAUUCUAUUAAUUAUUGUUAUGAUGACUAUUGUUAUUAAUAAUUAUUGUUACUCCACUAAUAUUCAGCUAGCCUCCGUGUAGAAGAUGUAUGGACACACAGACUAAACCUUAUUUAUAUGCCGUGGGGACUGCGUCACUCACCCGAGACGGGGCUCCGGGCUCCCUCGGGUUCCCAGCUGUGGUUUCUCGCAGGCCCACGCCCUUCCCAGCCCCCUGCCCCUCCCCCGGAGCCCUGGGCCUCGCCCCCAUCGCUCCCAGGAGGGCACCCUUUCCGCCGGCUCCCAGAGACCCUCGAAAUCUCCGAGAAGAGACACAGCUGCUACCUCUUAGUAUUAUUCCCGUUUCCUUCUGCCCUGGACUGAUGGUAACGUGCGCUGAGGAUCUCCGCGGAGAGCGGGCCGCCGCGCCACCUCCCGGCUGUUGUGUGUGUGUCCCAGCCCAGAGCCUUCGCUGUCCUUCCUGCGGCACCGUUCCCAGUGGGGUCACUCCUCGCCCGCCCGGAACGCGGCCGUCUUCUCUGCCCGCACAGCCCGAAGACACGCGUCUCCGCUCCCUCCUCCUCCUCCUCGCUUCUUUAGAAAGAUACGCACACAGUUAAAGACUGCCCCGAAACCAGACUCCUCGUUCUGGAAACCUCCGGGAGGGAACCGGCCACAUCAGCCACCGUGGCUUCCCCAGGCCGGGCAGCGGGGGAAGAUGCGGGACCUCGAGUUCUCCCCUCGGCAAAAAUCCACACGGCCCGACGCGGUUCCCUGACGGCUCUGUAUCUAUAGCUAGACGCCACCUGUCCAUGUCGAUGUAUCUUUCUAUAAAUAUACACUCUCAGGU